AGACUAAAAUAUUUGGUCUUAUCGGCAUUAUCGAUUAAUUUUCAUCGAAACCACCUACAACCUACGACCUACAUUCGUUUCAAUUGUGAGCGCAACAACUCAGCUUUGACUUUUCUGGGUCCUAUUUUUCGAAGGUUUUAAACUGUUAUUACCUCACAUCAUGGCGCCAAGACGACCGGAUAAGAAGUCAAAAAAACGAGACAAGGCAGCGAUUUCCAGGGCAGCAGGCGGCGCUUCUAAACCCGUCACUCCAGAAGUUCUAGUCAAGGCGGCCGAAUACCAAUUACAAGCGGGUAACGUUCAAGAUGCCUUGACACUAGCAGAGAAAGCGCUGGAGCAAUCAUCCAAAGGCUCGGAUGACGAGCUAUCCGCGCUGAACUUGCUCGGGCAGAUCAACCUCGAGGCAGGCGAAUUCGAGGCAGCGCGGGCGUACUUCCUACAGGCCGUCGCGAUCGACGCGGACGGCGCCAAAGAUGAAGCUUUCGGAGGCGGUCCGGAGAAAUUCCUGUGUCUAGCGCAGCUGAGCGAGGAGGGCGGCCAGGACAGCGUCACGUGGUUCGAGAAGGGCGCCGCGGCGCUUAGAAAACAGAUCCAGACUCUGGAGGGCGCGCGACGGAGAACUGACGAGCAGACCAUCUCGUUAGACGAGCUCAAGAAGAAAUUGGCUAUGACGCUGUGCUCCGUCGCGGAGGUCUACAUGACGGAUCUCUCGUGGGAGGAGGACGCCGAGCAGAGGUGCGAGACCCUGGUGACGGAGGCGACGAUGGUGGCGCCGGAUUUCGCGGAGACUUGGCAGACUUUGGCCAACGUGCGCAUUUCUCAGGAGAGGUUCGAUGAUGCGAAGGCGGCGCUGACGAGGAGCUUGGAGCUGUGGAAGGAUUUGCCGCCUGAAGACCCCUCGGUGCCUGAUUUCCCGAGCAGAGUUGCGCUUGCGAGGCUGCUUAUGGAGGUCGAGAUGGAGCAGGAGGCUAUCGAAGUUCUCGAGCGCCUGGUUAGCGAGGACGAUCAGAGCGUCGAGGUCUGGUAUCUAGGUGGUUGGGGCCUCUACGUCAUGGGCGAGAAGCAGAAGGCGGGCAAGGCGAGCGAGGAGGACUGGAAGGCGUCGUGGAUAUCGAGCCGCGUGUGGUUGAACCAGUGCCAGCACUUAUAUAAACUUCAAGACUACGAGGACGAGCGGUUAGGAGAGCACGCGCAGGAAUUACUAGGUCUUAUUGCUAAGGAGCUUGGCGAGGCGCCGGCUGGCGAGGGCGAAGAUGAGGAGGAUUGGGAGGACGAGGACGAGGACGAGGGAAGCGAUGAGGAGAUGAAGGGUUGAUUGGGUUUAUCGGCGGCAGUGAAAGAAGGACGGAAGGAAGGAAGGAAUCAACGAAAGAAAGGGAACUUUUGAUACUAUAGAUGGAAGAUACCACGAGAUCUAAGGAUCUUGUUCUGGCAUGGAUGGCGUUAGGAAAUCCGAAAAAAAAGGGGCGGGCGAUGCUUUCAUCAUGCCAUAUCAUGUUUAUAAAUGAGGCAAUUCUCUGAUUUUUUUUUCCCCCCCAAGCUUUCUUUUCCCUGAUUUGCGCCAAACCCAUGAGUGGUGCUCACCAUAGUCCCGAGAUAGUAAUACUGUGUCCACCGCACAUCUACCUCCUUCCUUAUUUACUCACGCCUCAAUCUUGAGCUUGUCAACCUGCUCGACGGGAAUACUAUCGUCGUCCUCGUCAAUCUUACCCACCAACCCGCGCUCCCAGAGCUGCUUGCCCGUCAACCUCACCGGCUCUUUCACCUUGGCCUUCUUCAGCUCCGCGAGCUUCUCCUCCUCCUCCCGGCGCUGCUUCUCCUCCAUCUCCCUGAGGAAGCCCUCGCGCCACCGGAGGAAGGUCUCGGGCGUCACGGGCGUGCCGUGGAACUUCUUGUUCUCCUCGCGCUCCGCGGCCAGCAGCGCCUCCUCGCGCGCCUGGGCCGCGACCGCGCGC